AUUCGCGAUAGUAUCUAAUAUUUUAUUCUUCCAUGACUCACAUUCUUUACUACCCUUGGAAACUUUAUAUGCGUUUAUCGAGAACAUUCGCGAUAUUAUUCUGUGAAAAUUGGAAACUUUUAUCUAAGUCGAAUAAAGACUAUGGUUCAACGGUGUUGACUCUAUGUCACGUUGAUAUACGAGCUAUCAAAGGAUAUUAAUCUGAGAACUUGAUACCCUAGGACGUCGCUGUAGAUGUACUUAUAAUAAAGGAGACUAGCAGUAUAGUAAUUUAUACAAAUAUAUAAUCUUACAUAUACCUCCGAUUAUUUCUCUGAUAUUAAUCAAAUAUAUAGUUAUUUUAUAAGAGAUAUAUUUUAUUUAAAUCAUUUCUGUUUCGAUCAAGUGCAGAAUUCGUCAUCAAAGUUGUUAGCUGUCGAUAACUGCAAGUUAGCAAAAACACUCGUAAGUUAAUAAAACACGAUCCUAAAACGUAACAGAGAAUGCUGAUAUAUUACAGGCAAAAUAACGUUCCUUCGCGAGUAUUGAAGACGAUAUUAAAAAAUUAAGAUAAUCAUAUCGUUAAAAAAAAGAUUCAUUAAUUAAAAUAAUUUGCAUGUACGUAUACUUUUACUAUGUCAUCGUAUUAAUAUUUAUCAUAUUUUGUUAGUAAUGGGAAAGGAGUAGUAUUUGCCAAGCAUUAUAAGGCGCAGUUACACGUUCAUUAUUAGCAAUUAACUUUUAUUUUUAGAACUAAAAAAAAUUAAAACAAAGUUAAAUUGAAAUUAAAGCUGAUACGUUGGUACGGACAAACAAAGGCGCCUUACAAACACUUACGACUAUUUUUACGUUAUUCUAGAAAGGCUCUAAUAGUAUGAUAAUAAGAAAUGGAUACAAUAAUAAUUGUAUCCAUUUGGAUACAAUAAUGGAUACAAUAAUAAUUGUAUCCAUUUGUCUUAUUACCGUAUUAUUAGAGAAAAAGUGUACAACUUAAAAAAAAUAUUUGAUCAUGAGGCACUAAAAAUCGCUAUGAAUCGCGAUAAAUACAAUGUAUAACAAAUCAGUGUACUGAACAAGUAAAGGUCAUGUGCAUGGGAUUAAUAACGCUAAUUGUAAGAGUGCACGCGAGGCCAACUCAUAAGAGCAUACCUUGCAGUUUGAGAGUAGCAGCGGGCCUGAUCAAACCUUUUGACAAGUAUAUCAUGUUGAAAGUGCAUUAGAAAAUAACGCACGCGUAUUACUGAACAUAGUUACAAUAGUAAUAAGGUUAGUACGAAUCGAUCAGUCGUACCGGUACAAUUCUCAACGUCGACUAUCAUGUCAAGCGAUCUGGACAUCACAAAGUGCUUCGAGUUCGCGAAAGAACUCAUGUUGCAUGCAGGCAAGAUUCUCGAAAGUAGUUUCGAAAGCAAAAAAGAAGUAUAUGACAAAGGAGAGUUGGAUUUUGUAACCGAUGUUGAUUACAAAAUUGAGAAAAUAUUUAUCGAUGCUCUAUCCAAGCAGUUUCCUGAUCACAAGAUUAUCGCGGAAGAAACGAUAGGGAUGGAGAAAAUACCAGAAUUGACGGACGCACCGACGUGGUUCCUUGAUCCGAUCGACGGAACCACAAAUUUAAUACAUUCGUUUCCUCAUGUCUGCAUAUCCUUAGGUUUGACGGUCUGCAAAGAGCUCGUUCUAGGCAUUAUCUACAAUCCAUUGUGCUCAGAAUUGUACAGCGCAAUAAAAGGCGAAGGCGCUUUCUUGAAUGAAAAGCCGAUUCAUACCUCUAAAAUCACUGAGCUGAAAAAAGCAUUACUAUUCUGCGAUUCGUCAAUUCUAAAAAUAAUGAAAAAGAACAAAGACAUACAUGCGGCUAGGUUCGAUGCCUUAAUCGAAAUGACGCAGACAACCAGAAAUACCGGAUCAGGUGCAUUAGCCCUAGCAUACAUAGCGCGAGGUGCGGUGGAUUGCUUCCACUAUGAUGGCCUUAGACCUUGGGAUGUGGCAGCAGGAACGCUAAUCAUACGUGAAGCAGGUGGAACUAUCAUAGAUACAAAAGGUGGUGCUUAUGAUAUUAUGAAUCCGCAUACUAUCGCAGCAGCGAACGAAAUUCUAGCACGAGAGAUGUCUAAAGUAAUCACCGAUACUGAUUUAAAAACAUAAAGAAAAAGACUCAAGAGAACCUGACGCAAAGCGAAAAAUGACUCACGCGUUUGAUUCAAGAGUUGAGUAUAAAGCAGGAGAAGGUGUGUACCAGCAGCAACCGCGUAUUUAUCAUGUAAUACAAGGAAAUUAUCUAUAAAAAUUAGUUUAAAGAAGUUUCCGUUAAAAAGUCCCAUUGACGCAGUUACAGAUGUCACAUGAAAUCAUUCGGAUUGCGUUAAUCAGUGUGCCAUCGCAAUGUUGUGAAUUAAAAAUUAGUAUAAUCUUUCUCAGUUUUUCUUUCGAUUUUUGCCGUCAUCGUUAUAAAUAAAAUAAAAUUAUUACAAAGUGCAAAGAUAUAUUGAUGAUAUAACAAUAUAUAUUUUUUUAUUUAAUAAAAUUUGCUUCUCGAAAUAUUAAAACAAUAAAACAACGUUCCGCAUUAUCGAUAUAUCACUUUUCGUGUUGAGUAUUAAAACUAUACAGUUUAAGAUUAAAGUUUUGAACAAUUUACAAUAGUUUAUGAACAUGAUAAUGUCGGUAUACAUCAACAUUUGAAUGCACUGAUAUGAAAUGUGAUAUUUAAAAAAUUGCUUUAAUUUGUCGUGUCACGUAACAUUACGAUGAGUAUGUAAACAAAUUUAUUCAGAAACUAGAUGGAGAAGCAUAAAUCAUAGGUACAAUCGUAAAUGAUUACGUGUGUUAUACAAGAUCACUUAUUUCUUAACAAAAAAAUCUAUAAUGCACACCUUUAUAGUUAUGUAUAACUGCACAAGUAUUAUUUGCAGUAAAUACCGACUUAAAUAAUUGCCACACAAUCACCAAAAUUUUUUAUUUAAAUUAUUCUUCCAUUUAGUAAAAUUUUGUAAUAAUAGUUCUCUGGGAUAUUUGAUAAGAUUUUUGAUAAAUAAACAAUUACAGAUUUUUUAAUUACUCAAUAACUUAAUAUAUUAACUGUUCUAUUAUACGGAUAUAAUAUUGAAUUAAAAAUUGAAAUAAUUCAGUAGGUUUUUAUAUGCCGUUUGUCUUAUAAGAUAGCAAACUGAUAUUAAGAUAAGAUAAUAAAAAUAAUUAUUGACAUCCUGAAGAAAAUCUUUGGUAAUAAUGUUUGUAUUGUGUACGAUAAAUAUUUACAACUGCUGUUAUAAAUUGCUUCACCAUUUCUUUUAUUACAACGAACGGAUAUCCUCAACAUAUCUGCACAUCAAAUUUUCGAUGUAUACAUACUCGUAUGGUGAGUUUUUCAAAUGCGUCAUUCAUUAUCAGUCUUUAUGCAUUUUUUUUUCAAACCGUUGCAAUAUACAGAUAAACAAAAAAUUGGUAUGUGAUGUGUAUAUAGAAAAAAAUUGUCGAAAAAAAAACGAUAAGUCUAAUAAAGCUAAUUGCUCUCUCGCUAAUUAAUCUCGAUUUUAGUUCCAGAUAAAAGAUAAAUUACGUCC